GCUGGAAAGUGCCCUGAGGAUGAAACUUUAGCCAUUAAUACCCAGACGAAAGGUCGAGUUCAGAUGGAUUUAAGCUCUGCGUUAAGAAAAAAAAGUUUGAAUGAGGCCAAUGAUGCAAUGCCAACGCAGAAGGCUCCAGCAAAAAUCUGCAGGGUUGUCUGGCAGGAAAGCUGAACUUGGCUCAACUUUUGUUUCUGCAAGACUGAGUUUUAAAACACUGCCUUUUGGCAUCCGAUAAGCCAUUGAAUUCAUGGAUUUAUUACUCAAACCGGACUUCCUGGAUUGUAUUUCAUAUCUUACCAGUACCUAAAGAAACCCCCACAAACGCAAACCCCUUGAGUUGUUUUAACCAGGGCUGAUUUCAGUCCGCUAAUGGGGGCCUCUUACAGUUGUAGGUCAUCUAUAAAACCUCCUUCCUGUGGUUCUCUUUUUCUUGUGGGAACUUUGCUUCUGUCUCUGAUUAUGACUGCGUAUGCUUGCCCUAAUAUCUGUCACUGCACGGACAGGAACGGCGUGGUGGUGCAGUGCACCUCACGCAACUUAGAGAACAUUCCACCAAACUUGCCCAAGGACACUGUUGUUCUUUUGCUUUCAUCUAACCGAAUCAGACACAUCCCAAAGGAGACCUUCACAGACCUCCACCGCCUCAGGGAACUAGACUUAUCCCACAAUGCCAUUGAGAGCAUGGAGGUCGGUGCCUUCCAAGGAAUUUCCGACAGCCUGCGGACGUUGGAUCUUUCAAACAACCACCUCAGCAGCCUCCCCAAGGACACCUUCGCUAAGCUCCAUGCCCGUGUGCGAUUAUCCCACAACCCCUGGCACUGCGAGUGCUCUCUGCAGGAGGUGCUGAGGGAGCUGAGGCUCGACCCCGACACGGUGAACGAUGUCAGCUGCUACACAUCUGUGCAGGAGGAGUACGUGGGACAGCCGGUAAUCCAAGUCCUGGACUCGGGCAUCAACUUUUGCAACUUCCACCACAAGACAACAGAUGUGGCCAUGUUCGUGGCCAUGUUCUGCUGGUUCUCCAUGGUGACGGCUUAUAUCAUUUACUACAUCAGACACAACCAGGAGGAUGCCAGGAGGCACAUGGAGUACCUCAAGUCCCUGCCUAGCACUUCCCACAUUAGCAAGGACUACGACACAGCCAGUAGUGUGUUUUAGCGUGCCUGAGAAAAG